UCCUCUGGCCUUGUCAUGGACGUGUCAAAGUCAACGUUGCUUCUACUGCUGCUGCUCAUAGAGUGUGGUGCACAACUCAAUGUAUGCGGGAGGCCUCCGCUCAACCCUCGCAUCGUGGGGGGUGAGGCAGCCCCCCGUGGUGCGUGGCCCUGGCAGGUGAGCCUGCAGAUAUUUGGGAUCCACUUCUGCGGGGGGUCGCUCAUCAACAGCGAGUGGGUGCUGUCAGCCGCACAUUGCAUCUUCAGUACUAGGCCUUUGACAGCGAUUUUGGGCCGUCAGAGCCAGCAGGGUUCCAAUCCUAACGAGGUGAGCCGCAGUGUCGUGGAGCGCAUCCUCCAUCCCGACUACAACCCGUUCACCAAUGACAAUGAUGUGGUCCUGUUGCGGCUUUCCUCGCCUGUGGCCUUCAAUGAGUUCAUUGGCCCCGUCUGCCUGGCAGCGGCCCAGAGCUCCUUCUUUGCCGGAACUGACAGUUGGGUCACCGGUUGGGGGACCAUCGGAUCAGGAGUUCCUCUACCGCCACCCCAAGACCUGAUGGAAGUGGAGGUUCCCGUAGUAGGAAACCGCCAGUGUCAAUGUGACUACGGCAUAGGAAGAAUUACUGACAACAUGAUUUGCGCUGGUCUGAGAGAGGGAGGAAAGGACUCCUGUCAGGGUGAUUCUGGCGGUCCCAUGGUGAGCAAACAAGGGUCAGUGUGGGUCCAGAGUGGUGUGGUGAGCUUUGGUGUAGGUUGCGCCCUUCCAGAGUUUCCGGGUGUCUACGCACGGGUGUCCCAGUACCAGGAUUGGAUCAGCAUCCACACAGGCAACGACAACCUUCCAGGCUUUGUCACCUUCACGUCCCCGGGCACGGACUCAGACCUGGACGUUAGCUGCAAUGGGCUGCCACCUCCCCUCGCCACCACCACUACCCCACCGACCACCACCAUCUCCACCCAGCCCACAACUACCCCACCCACCUCCCCAACAAUACGCCUCACCGCAACCACACUGUCCAACAACACGUCCACUAGCCUACUCCUUAAUGUGUGCGGGCGGGUCCCUUUCAACACCCGCAUUGUGGGGGGUCAGGAGGCCCCUCCGGGUGCGUGGCCCUGGCAGGUGAGUCUGCACAGAUCGAGGAGACAUAUCUGUGGUGGGUCGCUCAUCAACAACGAGUGGGUGCUGUCGGCUGCACAUUGCUUCCGUAAUAGACCAAGACGCGAAAGGGCGUAUUUGGGUCGUCAAAGCCAGGAGGGUCCCAACCCUCACGAGGUACGCCGGCGCAUCAUUGAGAUCAUCCAGCAUCCUGACUUCAACUCACGCACCCUUGACAACGACCUGGCCAUGUUGAGGCUUUCCUCACCCGUGACUUUCACUGACUUCAUCCGACCGGUCUGCCUGGCGGAGGCCCAAAGCUCCUUCUUCACCGGAACCGACAGCUGGGUCACUGGCUGGGGGACCAUCGGCUUGGGAGUUCCUCUACCGCCACCCCAAAAUCUGAUGGAGGUGGAGGUUCCCGUGGUAGGGAACCGUCAGUGCAGUCUCGACUACAGCGAAGUGGCAACUAUCACAGACAACAUGAUUUGUGCCGGCCUGAGAGAGGGGGGAAAGGACGCCUGUCAGGGUGAUUCUGGCAGUCCCAUGGUGAGCAAACAAGGGUCCGUGUGGAUCCAGAGUGGGCUGGUGAGCUUUGGAGUAGGUUGCGCCACACCAGAGUUUCCAGGUGUCUACACGCGGGUUUCCCGGUACCAGGAUUGGAUCAGCAGCCAAACGGGUGACAACAACCUACCAGGCUUUGUCACCUUUACAUCUACAGGCACUGACCCGGACCUUGAGGUUCCACUGCCAUAAAUGACAAUGGUUAGCAUGAAAUCCUAGCUGAAGAGCUAGAUUUGUUUUCUUCUUAUUUUAAGAGUAAGAAAAAUUGCACAAAUUCUCAUUUGAAGAAAUUUGUAGAUACAGUAACACCAAUUAAAGUUGGAAUACACUUGUUUUUAUUUACAAGCACAACUGAUAUAGCCAUACACUACACAUUACUCUCUGAUAUGAUUAUUUUAUCAUUGAUUGUUUUCUCUUUUCUUAACCCCAAUUUUAUCUGCACCAUUCAAUGGCAAUAGUCUUUUCUGUUUUAUUUGUAUUCAAUCUUUAUGUACAGCAUUAUGUUAAAGUUGGCGCUGUUUCUCAAAGUGUUUUAUAGUCUGUAUACAGUUGAGUAGAUAAUUGAGUCUUAAAGAGGAAGCCGUGAAAUCGACAGACCUGUUCAGUGCAACCCAGAUUUGAAUCCAAUGGAAAAUCUCUGGAAAAACUUAAAAAUGUCUGUCCUCUGAUACUGUCUAUCUCUGAUUUUGAGAAGGUCUGCUGAGAAAUAUUGGGAGAAAAUGCCCCCAAAAAACUGUGCCAAGCUUGUAUAGACAUGCCC